AUGGCACCCCGCACUCCCUACACCGGUACUAAACGCAAACUCAUCCUUGGGAUCGACCUUGGAACGACAUUCUCCGGUAUAUCAUAUUGCCUACUCACGCUGAACGAGGUUCCCAAGAUCCUCCCUGUUACAAGGUUUCCUCCCCAGGGUCGCGCUGCUGGAGACUCCAAAGUCCCUUCAGUCGUCUGGUACGACCGUGACGGGCAGCCACGAGCGCUUGGUGCGCAAACCCUUGACGAAAAUGUGCGUCGGUUGGCGCAGCAAGAAGGCUGGGAGAAAGCUGUCUGGUUCAAGUUGGCGAUGCGUCCUGAGACGAUCACAGUCUCGCGACCCGGCGGCGACAUCCCUCCGCUCCCAACAGACAAGACUCCUGUCGUAGUCUUCGCCGACUUCCUUCGCUACCUCCUGCAAUGUGCGCGGGCGUUCAUCACGCAGACAUACCCCAACGGUGAUGCUCUCUGGAUCAGCCUCGAGAGCGAGACGGAGUUCGUCUUGACGCACCCGAAUGGAUGGGCGGGAGACCAGCAGGAGCGGAUGCGGCGGGCGGCGGUCAUCGCGGGCCUCAUCCCGGGGACCAUCGCCGGCCGACAGCGGGUCCAUUUCGUCACGGAGGGCGAGGCGAGCUUGAAUUUCUGCAUCCUCAAUGGUUUGGCCAGCGAACCGCUCAACGCGGGAGAGGGUGUGAUCAUCGUCGAUGCUGGCGGAGGUACUGUCGAUAUCAGCGCCUACCGUGCCGUUUCGGCGGGUAGAUUGGACUCUUUCGAGGAGAUCGCUCCAUCUGAAUGCCUGAUGGAUGGGUCGGUGUUUGUGAAACGAGACGCGGAGAAGUACCUUUACACCCUCUUGGGCAACUCCGCCUUCCGCUUGGAUAUUCCACUCAUCGCAGAAUGCUUCGACGAAGGAGCAAAACUCACUUUCCGCAACCCGAAUGAGUUCUCCUACAUCAGGUUCGGCGGCCUGCGCGACCACGAUCCCGCGGUCAAUGUCGAAAGCGGGAGUCUGCGACUACCCGGAAAUGUCGUCGCGACAUUCUUCCGUCCCUCGAUUGACGAAAUUUUUGAAGCCGUGAAGAGACAGUGCUCAAAUGCUAGCCGGCAAAUUAAGAACGUCUUCAUGACUGGUGGAUUCUCUGCGAACGAGUGGCUUUAUGCUGAACUCAAGCGACGGCUGGGACAGAUUGGCUUGCAAGUCUCUCGUCCCGACUCUCAUGUAAACAAGGCCGUAUCGGACGGAGCGGUCUCAUUCUACCUCGACCACUUUGUCUCUGCAAGGAUCGCAAAGGAGACAUAUGGUGUAGAGUACGCCAGCCACUACAAUCCCAGCAACAAGGAGCACAAAACGAGAGAAUCGAGCGUGUACUUGUCCAUCGCUGGAGACCUUCGCAUUCCCAAGCAGUUUGCGGCGAUUGUCCGAAAGAAUACUCGCGUUGAGGCGAAGACGGAGUUCAGAGACUCGUUCGUUCGCUGGAGUAGGACGAAGAGCGACGUCGAAGAGAUGGAAGUCCGCAUCUUGCGGUACAUUGGCAGUAACGAAGACCCGCAUUGGAUGGAUUUGGAUCCGAGACAUUACAGCACAAUGUGCACUGUCCACGCGGACACCUCUGUCCUUGUCAACACUCUCCAAGCAAAGCCUGGUGCGGCGCGCGGCUCAUACUAUGAACUCGAUUUCGAUGUGGUUUUCUCUCUCGGCUUGACGGAGCUCAAGGCACAGAUUGCGUGGAAAGAAGAGGGUAUCGAGAAAAGAGGACCAGCCGAAAUCUUGUACGAGCCAGCGAGCAUUGGCGACAUAACGAAGUGA